AUGCUGCUGCUCCUGAUAUUGAUGACCCGGUGCUGUAGACCAAGAGACUCCUCCUGCUGGGCUACUGGUAACUGCUCAGCACUCUCAAACUCCCCCCAUUCAUCGUCGUCUGCGUCUUCGUCGUUACUACCCGGAGGUGGUUCCGUCGUGGCAUCAAAGAGCACCUCGGCAUCAUUGCUCGCCCGCUCCAGUGCAGGUGGCUGCCAGGAUUCAAAUAUCGAGGUCUGUGGCGCAGUAGCAUCUCUUGGGUCGGCAUCCGUGUCUAACAAAGCACCUGGCUGUCCCUUGACCGGGCCGGUUGUCGACAAGUUGGCAUUUUUUGGGGCAGUGGUGGGCUGCGAUGAGGAAUCAGGCUGUCCAAACGCCGCAAAGAGAUCUGCUGACAUCGUUUGGCGGUGGCCACUCCUUCUUCUCUGUCUUACACUGUCAACCAGAGUCCAAGGCGCCCAGGAUCCUUUCCCUCGGGACUGCUUCCCCUACAUCCCAUGCGUCCUCGCUGCGUCCUUGGAUAUCUUAUCCAGCGUGGGGAUGUAUGUUGUUUAG